UCAUCCUCCACGUAGUGAGCCUUCCAGCCCUGUGGAUGGAGGCGGAGUCAUGCUGGUAGAGACCACGCCCAUUAGGAGAUAAAUGUUUCUGAACCUUGUUGUAUUGAUUUGUAGUGACGCUUCAGGCUAAGAGGACAAAUGGAGCCAAACCAUGCCAGCAAAAUAAACAAAUACCCCCAGAGCAUGACCGCCAUUUUUCUUCUUCAAUUUGUCCUUCGUGUGUAGGUUAAAUCUGUUGGUUAAAUAGGGCAGUGUUAGUCGUUAUGAUUCUGUGCUUGUGACUAGUCUGGGACAGAUUGCCAGAGAGACCCUUGAGCAAAACCUUUAAUCCUCAGCCGCUCAGCUCUGUGCUUGGAUUGGAUUCUGACUCACUCCGUCACACCAACUCAGGAUAUGACACCUCCACACCACCAGAGGGACCCCACUUCCUGAUCUGUUUCACUUCCUGUUUUAUGGACUAUAUAAGGGGAUGGACACGGACACUUGCACUUUUUGUCUUUGACUUGCCGCUAUCUAUAUUGAGAAACUCACCGCUCCUGUAAUGAUAAAGACACUAUUGAGUGAGAGAACAUCUGAGGAUUUGAGACGAUUUCAGAGCCCAAGGAUUGGUUCAAGCUCAGCUUGAAAUUGCACAUUUUCCAGCAUGAGCCGUCCAUUUAACAGAAAAAAAGAUAAAUCAUGGAUGCAUACUCCCGAGGCCCUGGCCAAGCACUUUAUAGCCUACAAUGCCAAGUUUCUGGGGAACACUGAGGUCGAUCAGCCCAAAGGGACAGAGGUGGUGAGGGACGCAGUUCGAAAACUCAAGUUUCAAAGACACAUCAAGAAGUCAGAGGGACAGAAGAUCCCCAAAGUGGAGUUACAAAUCUCAAUCUAUGGAGUGAAGAUACUAGAUCCCAAAACAAAGGAAGUGCAGCACAAUUGCCAGUUGCACCGGAUUUCCUUCUGCGCAGACGAUAAAACAGACAAAAGGAUAUUCACGUUUAUCUGCAAAGACUCUGAAUCUAACAAACAUCUCUGCUAUGUGUUUGACAGUGAGAAAUGUGCAGAGGAGAUCACUUUGACUAUUGGCCAAGCGUUUGAUCUGGCAUACAAAAAGUUCCUGGAGUCGGGAGGUAAAGAUGUGGAGACGAGGAAACAAAUAGCAAGCCUGCAGAAAAGAAUUCAGGAGCUUGAGACUGAAAACUCGGAAUUGAAAAAACAGUUGCAAACGCUGGAGGAGCAACUGCUCAUCGCUCAAGUUCCUCCUUUACUUCACAUUAACUCUACUAACGAGGCCUACAUGCUGCAGAGACCCUCGUCUCUCUUCUGGUGUCACAAUCUGACCUCCUUCUCCUGUCUAGAAAUCUCUUCUGUCACACUAACGCCAAUGAGCUCUCCUGACUCCAGCAUAUCGGCUGGAGUUUUGACUCCUCCUCCCGCCAAACCUACUCUGCCAAAGCCUCUCACUGGAGCAGGGGUCCCUCGGCCAAGAGGGGGUAACAACUCCAAAGUUCCCACGGAUAUUUUCGACAUGGUUCCGUUCUCUCCAGUGGCGCCCCUGGUUCCACUCCCAGCCAGUAAUUCUUCACCUCCUCCACCUCCAGCGAGACCGACAGAGAUCAGAAGGGACCUGUUUGGCGCCGAGCCCUUCGAUCCUUUCAUUUGCGGCAGUGCUGACUUUCCCCCAGACGUUCAGUCGCGGCUGGAUGAGAUGCAGGAGGGGUUCAAAAUGGGACUAACAGUAGAGGGCACUGUUUUUUCCCUUGAUCCACUUGAUGGUCGCUGCUGAUGCCAAGAAGACAUUUCUUUGUUACUUAACUGUUCACCCAUUUGUAUUAAAGUGCCAAAAUUUUGGGUCUACAGUCAAGUUGUCAGUGUUUUCACCAUGAGAUUUGUAUGUAUUUGCAUUUGGUAUUUGGUUUACAAAAAGAAAGUAUAUUAAAAAGCAGAAAGCCAGAUCACUAUUUUUGUAUGAACUGUAACAAGGUCAUGGACUUUGAAGACUGUGUGUGUGUGUGUGUGUGUGUGUGUGUGUGUGUGUGUGUGUGUGUGUGUGUGCGCGCGCAGGCACUGACAGAUGUAGAUAAUAAACCCGAUGGUACAACCUGAGAUGAGACACGCCAUAUUCUGUCAUUGUGUUCACACAGAUGUUGAUCUCAAUUUAUACAGAUGUUGAUCUUUUAAUUUGUUCUCACACCAGACAAAAGUCUACUUCAUGACGGCAUGCAGCAUAGUUUUAAUUAGUACACUUGCAAAUACUGGAAUAUCAAGCUUAGAAACUUAAACACUUUUGUUAACUAUAGAUUUAAUUUCAUUUUCAUUUUUUUUCCUUGUUACUCUUAUCGGAAUCAUUGUAAUAUUUUCUUAACCGGACAUUAAUAUUUUUGAUGGAUUUUAUAACUCUAGCUGGAUUGUUUGUGUAAUUAUGUGUACUUGUUCUGCAUUUUAUUUUGGUAUUAUUAUCUGUUUUAGUAUAUUCUUGCACCAGGAAGCACUUUGGAGAAGAAAAAAAAAGAAUUCUGUCCAUAUAUUGACCUGUUUUCUUUCCUUUUGUUUUGUUUUGAUUGUAUUUUUUACUUUGUAUGCAAUAUUUUAGCCUUUGCUGUUGUAGUCAUUAAAGACAGUAAUAUGAGA